AUGGUGCUGCUGGAGAAGCAAUGGGUGAAUGUACAAGAGAAGACGUUUACAAAAUGGUUAAACAAUAAAAUCGCUUCCCGCGAAGUCGCUGUCAAGAGUCUGGUCACCGACCUCUCCGACGGUAUUAUCCUUAUUCACCUCCUUGAGGUUCUCAGCAAUGAAUCUCUCGGUCGCUAUGCCUCGAACCCUCGUUUGCGGGUGCAGAAAUUCGAGAAUGUCAACAAGUCGCUGGAGUACAUCAAGAGUCGGGGCAUUCAGAUGACGAACAUUGGUGCAGAGGAUGUCGUCGAUGGAAACAGAAAGAUUAUUCUCGGUCUGAUAUGGACCCUCAUUCUACGCUUCACCAUCUCAGACAUCAACGAGGAGGGUAUGACGGCCAAGGAAGGCCUUCUGCUGUGGUGCCAAAGGAAGACCGCUUGCUACGAGGGAGUCGAAGUCCGGGACUUUUCCUCCUCAUGGAAUGACGGUCUUGCAUUCUGUGCUCUCUUGGAUAUUCAUCGGCCUGAUCUGAUCGAUUUCGACACCUUAGAUAAGUCGGACCACAAAGGAAACAUGCAAUUAGCCUUCGAUAUCGCCACCAAGGAGAUUGGUAUCCCAGACUUGCUUGACGUGGAAGACGUUGCAGAUGUACCCAGGCCCGAUGAGAGAUCGCUCAUGACGUACAUCGCAUACUGGUUUCAUGCGUUUAGUGCCAUGGAGCGGGUAGAAAAUGCCGGCCGUCGGGUGGAGAAGUUUGUGAGCAAUAUGCAAGGUGCCUGGGAGAUGGAGACUGCCUAUGAAAAGCGAAUGCGCGCUUUGCUCCAUCAGAUCAGACAGCAGCGGCAGGCGUGGCAUAAUUCGAGGUUUGAAGGCACAUAUGCAGAUGCCAAAGCGCAAGCAAAUGAGCUGGCCAGCUUCAAACGAAACCAGAAGAGAAAAUGGGUGGCAGAGAAAUCAGAUGUUGCAGCAUUGCUCGGAAACAUCAAGACAAAGUUGUCGACAUAUCGCCUGCGACCGUACGAACCACCAGCUGAUCUGCGGCUGGAAGUGCUGGACCACGAAUGGGCUGCGCUAGGCACAGACGAGCACGCACGAAGUAAAUUGAUCAACGAGACCAUUCGAGAUAUCAAAAAUGCACUGAGGCGAAGCUUCGCCGACAAAGCAAAUGACUUUGCACUGACGCUGAACACCUUGUCGUUGGCCGUUUCGGGCCUGGAAGGGGAUGUCGAAGAUCAACUGCAGCACGCCCAGCGACUGUCGGCCAACCUCGCACCUCUUGAGCAAUACUUGGAAGGAAUAGCUAUCCUGGACGAGAAGUGUCAGGAAGCAAACAUUGACGAAAACGACUACACAACCUAUACAUACGAUGAAUUAAUGUACGAAUUGAGCUUGGUCAAGACGAGCGUACAGAAAAAGCUGACCUUUCUGGAAAAUCAAAUGGUGGCGAGAAACAUGACCAACCUAACUCCGAUCCAGCUUGAAGAAUUCGAGUCUGUUUUUCGGCACUUUGACCGCGAAGGCAACAACACCUUGUCCGAAUUGGAGUUCAGCGCUGCCCUGGCCAGUCUCGGACUGGUGUAUGACGAGGAAGAAAUGCACGACAAGUAUCUUGAAGUCUGCCAUACGGGACUGGACCCAUCCAUGUCUCCUAUCUCCCGUCGUCAAAGGGAGGCGAGAGGAGUUGGAUUCGAGCAAUUCAUCCGAUUUAUGGUGUCCGUAACCGAAGAUCAGAACAGCGCCGAGCAAGUCUUCCAAUCCUUUCGAGAGGUGGCCGACGGCAAGCCCUACGUUACAGAGAUGGACCUUCGGCACUCACUCAUUCCCGAUGAAUUGAUCGAGGACCUCCUUCACAGCAUGCCAGAGCACAGAGGUCCGGAUCUGGAAGUGGACCGCGACGUCCCCAAGUAUGACUACAUCUCGUUCAUGCAGGGCAUGAUGGAUGGACAAAACCAAGCGCACCAAGGCCAGAGUCGGAGCCAGCGCGACAGCAGCCGGAGUCCAACCAACGGCGUGACAACUCCUACUACACCUAGACGAUGA